AAUAUCGUCUGCGCCAAAGAAUUGACUCUCGCUUGGAACCAUUUUUUGUGAGCUUUUGGUUUACAAGAACUUGUGGAAGAUGCCUCGUGUAUAUUUUACAGUGGUGAUCUCGGGGACAGCUUGGCUCUCGCUUGCAUUUCUCCUCUUCUUCAUUCACCACGAGAACAAGCACAUCUUCAACAAUGUCAGGCAAGCCAUGGUUGCCGACAUAGCGGCGGCCGGAGCGCCCGCCGUCCACCCGCACAACGCUCAUAGUAUUGGUCAGCGUAACCUUGACCAUCGUGAUUUGGACUCGGUCCUGGGCCAGUUGGACAAGGAUAUUCCUCGUUUUGGUCCAGGGGAAGGAGGUCAGCCUUUGAUGUUGUCGGGUGUGGCUGACAUGGAGAAGGCAAAGAAGACCAAAAAUAUCCAUAAUUUUAACCUGGUGGUCAGUGAUAAGAUUUCUCUGGAGAGAACCGUCAAAGACACAAGAGAUUCAAGGUGUCAGGACAUCACCUAUCGGUUCUCGAAAUUUCCUACAGCCAGCGUCAUCAUCGUCUUCCACAACGAAGCGUGGUCGACGCUCAUGAGGACUGUUCACAGCGUGGUCAACCGUACACCACACGACAUUCUUGCCGAAGUCGUACUCGUUGACGACGCCAGCACAGAUGAUGAACUUGAGAAGAAACUACAGAACAUUCCGAAAUUGGUACGGGGCAAAGUGAGAUUGAUCCGUACCACUCAGAGGGAAGGGGUGGCCAGGGCGAAAAUCAGAGGGGCGAGGGAAGCACGCGGAGAAGUUCUUGUCUUUCUCGAUUCGCACUGUGAAGUAAACACCCAUUGGUUAGAGCCGAUGUUAGAUCUCAUUCAUCAAGGCCCCACGACGGUUGUAUCACCGAUCAUUGACAGCAUCGACCCGGAGACAUUCGGCUUUCAAGACGGCUCCUUGUCAAGAGUCUCCUUCAGAUGGAGCUUGGAGACUAGACGGAUCCUUCUCAGUAAGAUGGAAAAAGCAGAUAGACUCAACCCCUUGGAGCCUGUCAGAUCUCCCCUUACAAAUGGAGGAAUCUUUGCCGUCAGUAAGACAUUCUUUGAGAAGGUUGGAGGUCUUGACGCAGGGCUUGACGCAUGGGGAGCUGACGCACUCGAUUUCUCGUUUAAGACCUGGAUGUGUGGUGGUUCAAUCUACAUCGUUCCGUGUAGCCGGGUCGGUCACGUGACCCGUAAGGUUCCUCCCUACUCGUCCCCGGGUUCGCUCGAGACGUCGUAUCAACGUAACUUGGUGAGGAUUGCCGAGACAUGGAUGGACGAGUACAAAGAGGAGUUUUAUUCCGCGGUGCCAGAUGCCAGAGACAGGUACUUUGGUGAUAUUUCGGAGAUCGAAAGUAUGAAGACACGUCUGCAUUGUCACAGCUUUGACUGGUAUCUAAAUCACGUGACACCGUCGCUGCUAGCAACAGCCAACAACGCAAGAAGAGCAUGGGGUCGGGUUCAUAACCAAAAUCAUGAUUUGUGUUUCAUACCAAGUGGAGAGGGUAAAAAGUUAUUAGUAGACACUUGCAGCGACGACAGUAAAAAACAGGCAUUAUUACUCACCAAAGAUUUUGAGAUCCGCUUUGAAGAUCUGUGCCUGGAUCUCUCCGACUAUAGGAUAGGACAGCAAGCAACCUUAGAAGCAUGCCACGGGAUGGCGGGAACUCAAGAGUGGAUACAUUCGAAGCCUGGUCAAAUAAAACAUCGUGAGAGUGGAUAUUGUUUGGACGUAGCGAUGGGGGGACGAAUCUACAAACCAAGGCUCAUCACAAACGAAUGUAGCAAGGACUCAGGCACGCAGAAAUGGGAGUUUAGACAUUACACAAAACGAAUGAACCAUUGAUGGAUUCAAUAUUUUUACUAUGGUGGUGACAUAUUAUUUUGUGCAGUACUGAAAUUUGCAAAAGAUUUUCAACAUGUGCAGGGCUGCUGAAAUGGAGAAUGUUUGUACUUCCGAAAAAUGAACAAGUGUU